AUGAGGCGGUCUUUAAGAUCUAAAGAAAGGGUCUGCCUGGCAGAUCGGGUGAAAAAUGGUAGACGCCUAUUGUAUCUACGCCGUAGAGCAUCCGAACGUUCAAGCAGCCCUUCUCGCCGCACAGUCAAUAUAGAAUAUCUAGAUUCCCCAUACACGCCGGACGUCCGCAUCCAUAUCGUCGAGAUCGCUAACUCUUCUACUACAACCAUACCUGAUAUCAAAAGAAAUGAAAGCGUAUUCGCAAAGCUCAAGCGACAUAUCUGCUCUCUAUUCCGGCGGAAAGACACUGAUACUCGCGACCAGCCGGGAGAUGAAACCAAGCCAGUUCAUCAACCAUCUCGCAGCCACAACGAUCCACAGCCCCCAGCGAUGAACGAGAAGCCAAACCGACGAUCGGGCUUCGCAUUCCUGCGCAAGUUCUUCAGAUCCCAGACGGAAGCCAGCCUCAAACAGCUCACCUCUUCUACAUCCCUUAACUCUACCGAGCAGCAACUGUUAUAUCAAAAUUCAUAUGCUAUGACUCCGAGACCCAACAUUGAAACAGCCGGAUUCGGCCCCUUUGUCGCCCAGCACAUUGCUCCCUCGACUAUCUCUACAGCUGGCCUGGCCCUAACUGCCUCUACAGCUAACUUGGAUCUGAAUGACUGGGCGUCCUUGGCUGCUUUCCCUAAAAGCCGUCUCUCAGGCGCAAAGCAAACGGUUGCUUGUCAGAUGUCGCCUUCCGCCAUCCAUACCAGAGCCUGGGAUUCUGAGAAUGCGGGUGGAAUUGAAAAAGGUGAAAUUUAUGACCCACGUUGCAAUGUAAUUAAGUGGCUUGAAGAGUUACAGGAACCACCUUGUCUUCGUCGCGUUGCGGCAGUGCAGGAUUUACGAGGGCUCCAGGCAUCUCAUUCUACCUAG